CUCUUUCUAUAGUGAUUUCUGUUGAUACUCUUACUGUUUAUCUGUCAAAAUGAAGCGCUGUGCGCUCUUAGUUCCCUUUGUUCCAGUUGUUCUUGGAUCCUCAUCUACUGGCAUAAUCCCUACUUCGACAGCGUCUCAAAUUCCAGUCUCUGUGCCUUCUAUCACCAAUCAUCCCACACCGGCCUCCGCGUCUUUCACCGGAAAUGGUGGCACUACCUGCACCGUGACCGACUACGCCUCCAUCUCUUCGGCCGUUGCAUCCUGCUCCAACAUUCUCCUGUCCGAUAUCUCAGCUCCUCCAUCGAGCACAAUCGACCUGCAGGACCUGCAGACCGGCGCCGCUGUCAUCUUCGAUGGUACCACAACAUUCGGCGAAACGGCCGAUAGUGACUUCGACCCUAUCGUCAUCUCCGGCACAGACAUAACCAUCACCGGCAACGAUGGCCACGUUAUCGACGGCAACGGACAGGCGUAUUGGGAUGGCCAGGGCUCGAACGGUGGCUCAGACAAACCAGACCACUUCAUCGUCCUCAAGCACCUCACCAACUCCGUCGUCUCAAACCUCGUCAUCCAGAACUGGCCCGUGCACUGCUUCGACAUCGAGAACACCGAGUCCCUCACCAUCACAGGCCUGACCCUCAACAACACAGCUGGCGAUGAGCCCAAUGACGCCAGCGACGGCGACCCCGCGGCGCACAACUCCGACGGAUUCGAUAUCAAGUCUUCGACGGACCUGCUGCUGCAGAACACAAAUGUAUAUAACCAGGAUGACUGCGUCGCGGUUACGUCGGGGACAAAUAUCACCGUCGACGGGAUGUACUGCUCGGGUGGACACGGGCUGAGUAUUGGAUCCAUUGGCGGGAAGAGCGAUAACACCGUGAACGGGGUUGUAUUUUCGAACUCGCAGGUCGUGGACUCCCAGAAUGGGUGCAGGAUUAAGACGAAUGAGGGGGAGACAGGGGAUGUGGAGAAUAUUCGGUAUGAGAAUAUUCAGUUGAAGGGGAUUAGUGAUUAUGGGAUUGUGGUGCAGCAGGAUUACUUGAAUGGUGGGCCGACUGGGGAUCCGAGUAAUGGGGUUACUAUCAAGAAUGUUGAGUUUGUGGAUGUUGAGGGCACGAUGAGUGAUGGGAAGGAUUAUUAUAUUCUUUGCGGGGAUGGGAGCUGCUCGAACUUUUCGUUUGACGGGGUGAGUAUUACUGGGGGUAGUGGUGAUAGUUGUAACUAUCCUGACUCUGGGUGUCCUUGAUUCUGGGUCUUCUUUAAUGAACCAGGGUAUAUAAAGGACCUGAACCAAAGGUUUUGACAGUGGCCGUGAUGGCUGUACGAACCGGUUGACGCCGCCUACACCAUAUCUGGUAUAUGCUAUACAAUAGGAUAGAUAAAGCACUUUAUUCUACCGAUACUGACCUACAACGUAUCUGUAUUUCAGUGAAGCCAGUUUACUGGCCUUGGUUCUUUGGGGCUGGAGCAGCCGGUCCUUCGGGGGUAACGUACGCCUGUC